UUGUUGUGUUGGUAGAAGAUAUGCUUGCAUGACAGGAUACAUCAUAGAAAUACCUUAUAUCCUAAAUUUUUUUAUUUAUUUCCAAAAUUCAUAACUCAGAUCGAUAUAAAAAAGUGUAAAAACAAAAAUAAGGACAUUGAUUUCGUCCUUAUCAUUCGUUUCAAGCCAUUUCACUUCAUUUACUUCGUUCGAAGACGUUGUCAAAACUAAAGCCUGAGUCCAAGACUGAUUUCGUUUGUGGUCUGUGUUUCAGUUUCAGUUUUGGUUUCUCGUUUUGGUUUUGGUUUUGGGUAAGGGAACGAAAAUGGGUUCAGAUUUUGGUGGGAUUUGGGUCUUUCCUUUCGCAUUAGGCAUCAUCAAGGUCUCCCCCAUUCGAAGGCCCGUUCACCGCAUCCUCAUCAGUUGCGCUUCAUUGUGUUUUAUUCGUUGCCGCUGUUAUCGCAUGUUAACACUUCAUGGCAAAUCCCAGCCCAGGCUGGGCUAGCUGGCCUGAUGUCCUUUCUCAUCAUCAUUGGAAUGACCUUUCGUUUUCGGGGCGUGUAUAGAGUAAUAUGUAGGACUGACUGUGUUUGUGUGUGAAUCCUAGAACACGCUUAGUUAGUUUUCUGCCACACACUUUGCGUGCAAAAUGUCAAAAUACAUUUUACUCGGAUUUAUGGUCACUGGACGCCACCAACUCCUCUAACUCUCCCUCUCUAUGCCCUUGUGGGAUUUGUGCUUGUCUUUGGCUAUUUUUGGGGAUUUACACGCUUAUCACACAUAUGCACACACUUACAUUCACACUCACACAUGCUCUGAAACGAAAUGAAAAUAUUAUGCUACAUUUCAUUAAAGGAGCACUCAUACAUACAAACACAGACAUCCCUAUAUCCUUGAAUGCUUUACAGCCACUUAAAAUAGAUUAGCUUUCAACGUUUUCGGGCUCUUAGGCAAAACAAAACUGACUGAAAAAAGGCAAAACGAAUGAAGGGAAAUAAUAAAUGGCUCAACCAUAAUUCAAGUCCCUUUCUUGUGGGAUCCCUGCCGGAGCAGAUGUAAUAGAAAAGCCAUUGAAAACAUAAGCAACUGUCAAUGAUUUAAUGUUUGAAAUCAGAAAUAGUUAUACGUGACAGGUCUUAGAGGUUUGGCCAAGUUCGAAGACCCCAACUAAAACAUUGAUAAAUGAGAAGGCAAACAUUUGAAAGCCAAACAACUUCUCAAUGAUGGCCGACAAAAAGAUCCAGCAAUAGUGGUCACAGUCGAAGGACGAAGACAUCAAGAAGGUGGAAAAGUAUAAAAACCAUGAUAACAGCGAGUACUUUCGUUUCGAAGAGAAUCAAUUUAUUUCCCCUUUUUUUCGAGCCGGAAAAUCUUUAAGUCCCUGCGAUUAUGGGCCCCCAAGCUACUGAAAAGGGAUCUGUUCUUCACUUUGAUAGCCAAUCCAAACCCAUCCAUAUUUCAUUUCAUUCGCCAUGGCUUCUUCAGAGUUAUAGCAGCGUUUUUGGCCCAUUCGAGAGAGAGAGAGCCGUCAUCUACUCUCAGACUUACAUCUCUGCCACGAAAAGGCCAAACUAAAAAUGCUCUUUCGCUCCAUGUGGCCCCAUCAUCGCAAUCUGUGUCCUGCUGUUGCCGCAGCAUCCAAAGCUAUUAUUGUUCCUCCAGCUUGCUGUUGCUGGCGGGCCACAGGGAAAAAAAGGGCAAAAAUAUUAGCUGCCUCUCAAUCGUUCAGCUGAAGAAAAACCCUUGAAAAAAAAAAAAAAAAAACCAAGAAAAGGGGUCAGUGGUGGUGGGUCUAAAAAAGGAAAAUAUAAAAUGGUUUAUUUAUGCAAAUUGUCAAUGGUUUUUGCUCUUCAAAAAGAUAGACGAGCCGUGAGGCCCAACUGCUUUUAACCGAAUUGCCUGCCAACUGAGUGCCGUAGCGGUUGACAGACCAUUUUCAUGGCAAAAAAAAAAAAAGAUUCCCAGGCUGGGCAAUGGCUAAGCCUUUAAUUGAAAUGUAUUCCAAUGAGCUAAAGUUACUGGGGCCAUUGUCCACCAAAUGAAACCAAAACCCGGACCUAACCAAAGCAAACAUGUGCCCUCGGGAAGCAAAUUGGCGAGAGCAAAUGAGCAGCGCACAAAAGCUGGCCAUAAAAUAUUUACAUUGCCUGCUAAUAGCGUGACUUGGCCUAAACCCAAACAUACUCAGGUUUAGGGGUUUUGGCAUGCCAUAACUCCAUAAAACUUCAGGCGAUACGUUGGCCGCGCAAUCUACACAAUUUUCAUUGUAAAUUUCAAUCGCCACCGCAAUUUCAGCUGCAUAUUUGUUUAAAUGAUAAUCAAAUGCAGAACCCAACCCUCAUUUAUCACCUAUAUGCGUGUGGGUAAUAUUUUUAUACCUUUUUCCCGUUUUACCAACUCCACCCAAUUUAGAUGUAUAGGUCCAAGUUUAUCUACACAUCCCACAGCACAUUGGGCAUUGGUUUUUGUUGUUUUUGUUUACCUCUGCCUCGGUCCGAAUGACAGUUUGAAUAGUCCUUUUUGGCAGCACACUUUCUAUAUCUAUGUCUGCGGAUAUGUGCAUGUCCGAGUGCCUGUUGACCAUUGGAAUGGCCAGACAUCGUCAAAGCCGGAUGCCCUCAGCAUUUAUAGCUAACCAUUGACAGUUUAAACCAUUAAAUGCAGCAGAAUGUGGUUUUUGAGCGUACUUAGAUGCAAAUAAUUGCCGACAGAUGGCGUCUGUCUUUGGUUUUGUUUUUUUAAAAUAACCAAUUAAUUAUUUACUGGUAUUAUUUGGUUAUAUGUGGGAGUUGUCAAUUUUUGUGUAGGCGGAAGUGGUUAGUUUCUCUUAUUUUUUUUUUUUUUUUUAAAUUUAUGGUUAAGAGAAUCAUUUUGGUAUGUCAACCAUUUCUUUGGAAUGCCAGAAAGUAUGCUAUGUUAUAUAUAAUUCUUUCUAUUUCUGUAUCUAACUUAAGCCGUUGCUAAUUGUUUCCCGUCAAACGAUUCGUUUUGCCUAAUGACUCUCCGCACUUGGUCUUAGUUUAGUUUUAGAACUGCAGCUGGCUUCUCACACUUCGUCCAUGUUGAAUCGCCAAAUACCUUUUGGGCUCUUGCAGCUAUUUCUGCUGAUGGGUGGUUUCUCUGCUUCCCCCCUAAGUGAACCCUGUGGGGAAAAUGAGGAACGCGCCUGUUUGCCGUGUACAGAACCUAAAUGCUCACAUCCCUUUAUCAAGGAACCGAAUUGCAUUUUCUUCAGGAAGUGCCAAUUAGGAUGUGGCUGCAAGUUUGGAUACAUCCGUCACGAUCUCAACAAUCGAUGUAUUCCAGCCGUUGAAUGCAAAAUUCCAAAGCAUCAGUUAAAGGUUCCUAUUUGGUAAAUUAUUAUUGUUAUUGUUUUGGGAUAAGACAAUUGAAAGUGAGGUUAGAUAAUAGAGGAAAAACCAAACAUUAUAUAGUUUAAUUAGGUGAAUUAAAUUUAAGUACAUUUUAUGGAUCAUUAAAUGGAAAGUCUAUAUAUGGGCAUUAAGGAAAAGUCUACAUAUUUUCAAAAAUAUGAAUAUUUUAAG